UUCACAAAUGCAGAUCUAUUUUGCGAAAUAUAUUUUUCACUGUAGCUGUUAACCAAUCAUAGUUGGUCUAAAUUAAUGGCCGCAUUCCUUGUGCAUUAACAUCCUAACUAAAAGAGUCGAAAAUGCUUUAUCUGGAGGAUUAUCUGGAAUAAUGAAAGACAGACUUCAUGUUUAUCAUUACAAGUGUUACAGAGGAAAUGUAUGUGCAUGUGAAAUCUAUGCAAACAAAGCUUUCCCAUUUCUCCAGGCAAGCAAGUAAAAACAGUGAUUGAGAAUCUUCCCAUGGAAAUGAGGGAGAAGUUAACAGAAAUGAGAGAAAUGGAUUUGCAGGUUUCAAAUACUUUGGAUACUUUAAAUGAAACAGUCAAAACAUUUUUCAAGAAGUGUAUGCAACCAUCAGUCAAAAAAGAGUGGAGGGAAGAGCAGUUCAAAAAGAUCAAAGAGGAAUAUUAUAAAGCUUUGGAAGAUACAGAUGAAAAAGUGCAACUUGCUAAUCACAUUUAUGAUCUGGUUGAUAGGCAUUCCAGAAGACUUGAUCAAGAACUUUCCAAAUUUAAAAUGGAACUUGAAGCAGACAAUGCAGGAAUCACAGAAGUGUUAGAAAAACGUUCAUUAGAACUGGACAAGCCUCCUCCUAGUCUGACUAAUCAUAAAUCAGAAAAGCGACGACUUACACAUAACCAAUCGUCUUUCUCAAAUCACACAGAAAAAAAACUUGCCACUGAGGUUUUGUCUAAUCUGGCCAAUGAUGUCGUGAGAGAAUCAUUUGGUCAGAGGCGACCUAGCUCCACAUCUAGUUCACCUGCAGUAAAAAUGUUUAGCUCAAACUCAUCCAAUGCCAGUGGUAUCUCAUAUACACUGGGCAAUAUAGGAGCUGGCAAUCCAGCUAUAGCAGCAGCUGCUUCACAAGCCAUAGCUGCAACACAACAGUUAUCUCAGGGUCGUCGUACAUCUAGUAUGAAAGCCAGCUAUGACCUUAUGAGCAAGAACCCAGCAGUUUUACCUAAAGAUAUCAGUUUAAAUGUUACACAGUCUGCCCCCACUACUCCAGAGCCAAGAUCUCAAAGAACAAAAAAACAAACCACUAAAGCAGCAGCAUUAGCUGCGGCCCAGCAACAACAUUCCACAACAAGCGCUAAUGCAUCCCAGCCAUCUACCCCUCGGGUAACAGAAACGGAAGAAAUGUCCACAGAUGUACAGGUGGAUGAAUGGACUGCUGAUCCUAAUGAGCCAAGAUAUUGUCUAUGUAACCAGGUGUCUUAUGGUGAAAUGGUUGGAUGUGAUAAUAAUGAUUGCCCCAUUGAAUGGUUUCAUUAUGGAUGCGUUGGAUUAUCUCAAGCACCUAAAGGAAAAUGGUACUGCCCCCAAUGUACAGCAGCAAUGAAAAGACGAGGGCGCCGAUAAUAUGGUGUAAAUGUUUAGUGUUUAUGUUAAAAUAUGAUAAUUAAUUUUUAAACAAAAGUCUCUGGGUUUUUCAGAUACUAUAUUCUAUUAGUAUCUUUAGAUUACUGCAUCUGAUAUGUUCUGUUAUUAUCCUAACCAGUAUAUCAAAAAUUUCUUAUUACAAAUUUUGGUGCACUUGAAGUGUUACCAGAUGUUGCCGACUUGUAUUUCUUUUUUAAAAGCAACUGAAACAAGAUAAAGUAAAAAUCAUAAACAAAAUAUUUUGGGGUUCUGUUAGAAAUUAAAGUCCCAAAAAUAUUGUUUCAUUCCCAUGUUGUACUGAUGUUAAAAAUCUGGAACCCCCCCCCCCCCAAUCAUGUCAAGCUGAUUUAAACAUUUAACAAAGAUUGACCUUUGAAUUUACAUUUAUUUAAGUAGAAUAAUACUUCUGGAACAAAUUCAAUUGGCAAAAAGUGGUCACAAUGUAUUUUACUAUUUCUAUUAUUGAAAAAUGUUGAAUGAAAUAUAGCUAGUGAAACUUUUUUUUAGGACUUUAGUUAUAGUUUAAUGCUGGUGCUAACUUCUGUUUUAAAGGUUGUCCAUAAAAAAAAAGUGUAUAGCCUACAUGUAUAUAAAUUAAAUUUACUGUAUACAUAAUCAGCGCUUGUAUAUGAAGUCAUUCAAGUGAUUGUAUCAUAGAUAUAUUGUAAUAUAGAUCUGUACAUUUGUAAAAUAUAUUUCUUUCUUCUGU